GAACCUCAUCAUCGAACCGAAUCCCACAAACUUAACAAUAACAAAUCAUGCAAAAGUUUGAACAUGUUUUUCAACAAUGACGCAAGUCGUGUCAAUCCACCCCUUCCACCUCUCCCGCCACUUCCGCCCGUCUUCGGACUAGAUGGUUUCGAAAUCGAAAUUCCAGAAAUCCCGGAAACAGCGUCGAGAGCAGGAUGGUAUUGGUUUGGUUGGGCAUCAAACAAUAAUGCUGUAGUUCCAAAGAGUAUCUCUACUUUACAAAACAUAAAUGCACAUCUACGAAGAGAAAAUGGGCGGUUGCGAAAUCUAGACGAAUCACGGCAAAGGGAAAUUGGACGACUGCACAAUCAAAGUAUCAGACUAGGCAGACAGGAAGAUGGACAAAAUCAGAUUAUUGAAAAACUGCGUAACCAGUUAGCCGAAUUGGGGAGACGAGAUGAUCAACGAAUGCAGACUAUUCAAGGGCUCAGGAGAGAGGUGGAAAUAUUGGGCGAGAGGGAUCAGAUAAUUGAGGCAUUACGCAUCCAAGUAUUGGAGUUAACUAGGGGAGUUGCUUUACACGCACAAACUAUUCAAGAGCUCAGGGAUCAGAAAGCCAAAGCAGGUGAAAAAGAUCAGACAAUCGAGGAACUCCAAAUCCAAGUAUCGAAUGUCAAGAAGGAGAAUGACGCACAUGCACAAACUAUCCAAAAACUCAGGGAAGAGGCGGCCCAGCUACUGGGCCACCCAUCAUCCAUAGACAAACUCGGCCUUCAAAUAACCACCCUCUCAGAAACCCUCCUUCAGAAAGAUCAAGCGAUCGAAACCCUCCACAGUCAAAUAAGCAUCCUAUCCGAGCAGCACAGCAAACAAAUCGCCGAACUCCGGACGCGCAUAACCAGGCUCUCAAAAGAAAACGACGAGCGCGUCAACAUCGUCUCGGAACUCCGCGUCAAGCUCACAGAAGCCAGCGAAAAAGCCCUGCGCCACGAAUCGACCAUCUCCUCCCUCGCCGACAAAUCAGCAAGCGAUGCCGAGACACACGAAACCCAUCGCCUCUGGCUCGAGCGACAACGCAAAGAGGAGAGAGAAGAGGCGCACUACAAAAUCGACGAAGCACGAUUGCAGAACGCGAUUCUGAUACAGCGCCUGAAGAGUUCGUUGAAGGAGGCAGAGAGUGAGCGGGAUGCGGCAGUGCAGGCGGAGCAGAAGACGAAUGCGUAUUUUGACGAGGUGAUGCGGAGGAGUAGGGCGCUGGAAGCGACGAAUGAGUCUCUUGAGGGAAGAUUGAUGAUGUGCAAGAGGAGAGAGACGGAGACGGAGACGGAGAAUGCGAAAAAGGAAGAAGCGUUUGAGUCGAGAAUUAGGGCUCUGAAGGAGGAGUUGAGGAUUGCGAAGCUGGCUGUUGCUCAACCGCUUUCGGAAGGGAAGUGAUGCUGAGUCUGUGGUGUAUAUAGUCUGGAAGUUGAAUGGCA